AUGCAGGCUAUGCCGGAUACGCGCCAGCAGAGCUUUGACGAGAUUUACGGUCCGCCGGAGAACUUUUUGGAGAUAGAGGUUCGCAACCCUAGAACCCACGGCAUCGGCCGCUCCAUGUACACAGACUACGAAAUCCUCUGUCGGACAAACAUCCCUGCCUUCAAAUUGCGCCAGAGCAGCGUGCGCCGCCGAUACUCCGACUUUGAAUACUUUCGCGACAUACUGGAGCGGGAGAGCGCGCGGGUGACCAUCCCUCCUCUGCCAGGCAAGGUCUUCACCAACAGAUUUAGCGACGAUGUGAUUGAGGGUCGACGCGCGGGGCUGGAGAAGUUUCUGAAGAUUGUCGUGGGCCACCCGUUGUUGCAGACGGGGAGUAAGGUCUUGGCUGCGUUUGUGCAAGAUCCUAACUGGGACAGAAAUGCAUGGUGA